GUUACUCUAUCUGGCCACAAGGACUCCACGGUUAGCAGGUACGGGCUGAAGAUCAUGCAGACAGCAAUGGAGAAUGCAAAUGAUCACUUUGCAAAGUCCAUGGAGAUUGCACAUCAAAAAGCCUUGAAGGAACAGGCUGAGAAGGAAGCUCGUGAAGAGGCAAAGAGGAAGGAAGCGGAGCAGAUCGUUGGAACAGGUCCUGAGCUGGGGGAUUCUGUGCGCACAGCUUUCACGGAGUUCUCUUUCCUUUGGGAGGGCGCUUCAGAGCAAGGGGUCCUGAUGAGGUCUCUGGCAUAUUGCACCACCUUUGUGGCAAUGUGUACCUUCAGAGUCCUUUGCGGGCCAUUUUGGAUUGUCGUCGGCAACGUUCCAGAAUGGCGUCGGCGAGAAGUCCAUGUGGAUCUUUGGCUGAGAGUGCUUGCAGCUUUGGCUGCUCUGGCCGUUGUGAUGAUUGUGUGCAUUCCAGGUUUGAAGGCUGAGCUGCUUCCAUCACAGUGGGAAACGCACCGAAGCCAUGACUGCUCAGGCGACUCUUUACGUCUGCAAGUUCCCGACAAGUUACUGGGAAAAGGAGGGUUCUGGUUCCGGUACUUGUGGUACCUGCAUGACGGGCCAUCAGAAGACUCCUGCAGAGCUUUGUGCGAUGUUCGCUGGGGCUGUUUUUCUGCAGCUUGGCGCUCAAACAGAUGUGUCUUGUAUUCCAAGUGCUUGCAAGUUGUCUCCCAAAUCAACUCCAACUUGUUCGAGAAGAAGCACACUGAUGCCAGAUGGUACCUUCUGCCACUCAUUUCGUCCAAUGCUUUGGCAUUCCUGUUUCCGCACCUGUCUGGCCUUAUGGUAUGUGUGACAUUUGCGACUAUAACCUGGUCUGCAGCUGACUGCGGCCUGGAGAUUGCCACGGCAUGUCUUGCUCUGCAAGUUACCUCACUGGUCAUACUGUUCACUUUGCAUUGGCAGCUCCAGGAGCGGAAGCUGCAUGUGGAGAAAGACGAGAUAGACAAACACGCCAGGCAGAAGGAGAUUGAGCGAAAGUUGUGGAAAGAGGUGCGAGGCUGGGCUAUGACAGCCACGAGGAAAAGUCGUCAAAUCGUCAUGGCGGAUCUCCUCAUCAGCCUUGUCAUCCUCGGUGUCUGCGGAUGUUUCAUGGCGCCUUUGCAGCUUCUGGACAGGGCUCAUGGGUGGGAGGAUUCAACCUUCUGA